GUGUAAAAGAUGAAGUGGUCCAUGGGUGAAGUUUGGGAGAAGGAAGAUUGAGGAGAGAGUGUGCUGUCAGAUUGGCAUCCAUAGAGAAUAAUAGGAGGAGGCAUCAUGCAGUCCAUGCGCUGGCUGCCGCUGGAGGCCAAUCCAGAUGUUAUGAACCAGUUUCUUAAGCAGUUGGGAGUCGGCAGUAGCUGGCAGUUUGUAGAUGUCUAUGGACUUGACCCUGAGCUCCUCAGUUUGGUGCCUCGCCCUGUCUGUGGUCUUCUACUUCUCUUCCCCAUAACAGAAAAGUAUGAGCACUUCAGGGCAGAGGAGGAAGAAAAAAUUAAAUCCCACGGUCAAGAUGUGGAUUCCUCUGUUUACUUCAUGAAGCAGACAAUAAGCAACGCCUGUGGAACAAUCGGCCUUAUUCAUGCAGUAGCAAACAACAGGGACAAGCUCAGCUUUGAAAGUGAUUCUGCUUUGAAAAAAUUUCUUUAUGAGUCCACCUCAUUAAGUCCUGAAGAAAGAGCCAAAUUUCUAGAAAAAGAUGAGAGUAUUCGGGUUACACAUGAGAGCAGCGCUCAGGAGGGGCAGUCUGAGGCUCCCAGUAUCGAUGACAAAGUAGAUUUACACUUUGUUGCUUUUGUCCAUCUACAAGGUCAUCUCUAUGAACUUGAUGGAAGGAAGCCUUUUCCAAUAAACCAUGGGAAAACUAGUGAGGACACAUUGUUAGAAGAUGCCAUUGAAGUCUGCAGAAAGUUCAUGCAGCGUGAUCCAGAUGAACUGAGGUUUACUGUGGUGGCAUUCUCUAAAGCAUAACAAAAUCCGGACUUCAGUGGAACACUAAAAAUGGCCAAGAAGACUUGGAAGAAAG